AACGUUUUGUUUUAAAAUCUUAGAACAUUUGUGUUUGAAUUAAUGACACAUAAUGAGUUCUGAUGAUGUGGAAAAUGAUACGCGAUAUAACCAUUUACAUUUUUUGCUGGGACUGGGGCUAGCGAUAUCAUCGAGUAUAUUUAUUGGUUCAAGUUUUAUUAUAAAGAAAUUAGCAUUAAAGAAAAUAAAUGCCCUUGGAAAUGUAAGGGCAUCAGCAGGAGGCUAUGGAUAUUUAAAGCAAUGGAUGUGGUGGUUGGGGUUAACUACAAUGGGUAUUGGUGAAGCGGCAAAUUUAUUAGCUUAUGCAUUUGCACCUGCGGCAUUGGUAACUCCAUUGGGAGCUCUCAGUGUUCUUGUGGCUGCUGUACUUUCAUCAAAGUUUUUACAUGAAAAACUUAACUUCAUUGGAAAGAUUGGGUGUUUCCUUUGUAUAAUUGGGUCAAUAAUUUUUGUUAUACAUUCACCAAAAACAGAAGAAGUUCAGGAAUUUUCAGAUUUGAAUAAUAUGUUAUUUGAUUUUCUUUUCAUAUCUUAUGUCCUUUCAAUUUUUGUUAUGACUGUGAUAGUCAAGAUAGUGUUUGUCCCAAGGUUUGGUAAUAGCAAUGUUGUUGUUUAUUUAUUGAUAUGUUCUGGUGUUGGGAGUUUGACUGUUGUAUUUUGUAAAGCAGUGGCACUUGGUGUUAAAGAAACUAUUGAAGGUGGCACCAAUAAUUUCAAUAAUUAUAUAUUCUGGUUGCUGGUAUUGUUAUCAGUGUCUUGUAUAAUGGUGCAAAUGAAUUAUUUAAAUAAAUCUUUAGACAUAUUUAAUACUAGUAUUGUAACACCAAUUUAUUAUGUAAUAUUUACUGUAUUAGUUAUAAUUUCUUCUGGUAUACUGUUCAAAGAAUGGGAAAAAAUUGAUGUUAGGGAUAUGUUAGGUUGUGUUUGUGGUUUUUUCAUAUUAAUGGUAGCAGUGUUCACUUUGAAUGCAUUCAAAGAUGCUCAUUUAACAUUUAAAGAUUUAAAUUUAAAUGCAAGAAGAAGAAAUUCUACAAAUGUUGAUCCAUCUAAUAACUUUGUGAUUACUUUCCAAAGAACAAGAAGUCAUGAAAGUACCAAUUAAAGGAAAUGUUUUUUAUUAUGUAGAUUUAAGUA